AUGCUCCCCCCGCCUACCCCCUCCUUCCUCACCCGCAAAUCCAAAAUCCUCUCCCAGCUCUCCGUCCCAGACGCCGAGUACACGGACGCAUCUCCAAAGGGGUCAGUCGACGUGGCCAUUCGCGAGCUGAUUGACGAGAUCAAUCAUGGGUACGAAGGACUGGUGACGACGAGCAGUUGCGCGGGGAGGGUGAGUGUUUAUUUGGAGGGUGUCAAGAAGAGUAAGAAAACUUUGAAUGGUGCUAGUGGUGGUGGUGGUGAGGGCGAGGGGGAAGGUGCAGGGGAGGAUGGGGAGGAUGGGACAACAAGGGAACCAAGCGGCGGAGGAGUGACGACGGCCACAAUCCAAUCCGGCAUGACCUCGGGCUUCCGCGAAACUGGCGCCGUCUCCAUCUUACCCCGUCUAACCGCCCCCUUUUUCUCUUCCUGCCAUCAGUGUCAUACUCACCACCAGCACCGCCAACAACAACAACCAUCAGCAUCAACACCACCAACAUCAACAUCAACAGAAUCCGUCACGCCAAACCCCAUAGUAGCCAUCCGCUCCAUGGGCCUCUCCUUCGAGUCCCUAAUCGGCGUCCAACCCUCCUCCAGUAACAACAGUUCUCAACGACAGUCGCUGGUGACUCCGGAGUAUCUGUCCCUGCUGGUCAAGAUUGCCAACGAGAGGUUUGGGGAGAAUAAGAAGAGGAUUGCUAGGUUUAGGGAGGCUUUGAGGCUGGCUUUUGACGAGGAUUCGGGUGCUGGUGGUGGUGGUGCCGAGGAAAAGAAGAAGAAGCAGGCGGGUGAUGGUGGAGGAGAGUGGGAGGAUGCUGAGGCUAGGAAGCAGAGGAAGAGGGAGGAAGGGUUGGCGAGACGGGAGGGGGUUAGGAGGAGAAAGGAGGAGGAGAGGGAGAGGAAGAGGAGGGAGGCUGAGGAGGCUAAGGGGGCUAGGGAAAGCAGAACGAGGAGGAAAAAGAGGGCUCCUAGUUGA